UCGAAUAGACAGUUUCGCGCCGAACGCGAAGCAUUUACCUCGUGUUUUGUUCAAUGCGUUCUGUUUUCUAGGUUUGAAAAAUAUUUUGUUUGCGUAUUCCCGUCUGAACAGUAAGCAUUUUUCUCAUUUGCACGGUACAGUGGUUAAGUUUGACGUGUCAUUUGUGGUUAAUGUUAUUCGAUACGAAACUAUACCGUUGACGUAGCAUAAACAGUUCCGCGGUGAAUCAGGGAAAGGGCUCGCAAAAUGGCCGAGUACUGUGAAUACAUGUGGGACCCCACAAGAGGUCACGUGAACAGCGCUUUGGCACGGAGUAUUUACGAGGCGGAGGCCAAGUUUGAUAAACGGGACAAGAAACUGGCCAUUAAAACCGUCAGAGCGAUAUUGCGUGAAAUGCCGGAUGUAGACUUGAAGCACUGUACGGAUGAAUACAUUACACGUUUCCUGUUGGCCCGGAAGUAUCGCACCGAACAAGCUGCUGCCCUAAUAGCCGCUUAUCAGGCGCAAGUAGCACAUCGACAGGAUAUCUUUGGCAAUCUAACAGCCAGAGAUCCAGCCUUGCAACGGGCGCUGCGAGCGGGUAUACCGGGUGUCCUUCCUGCACGCGACAAAAAAGGCAGAUGCGUCCUCGUUUUCUUAGCGUCGCAGUGGGAUCCAAUCUCAGUACCGGCUUUAUCGGUUCAGCGAGCUAUCUUUUUGGUUCUUGAAAUUCUAAUUCAGGACCCAAGAAAUCAGCAAUCCGGUUUUGUAGCGGUAGUGGAUUGGGGCGGAUUUUCUUUACGACAAGGCGGUGCCUUGGGUGCUGCGGCACUGCGAAACCUAAUAGCUGCUCUUCGCGGUCGAUUUCCGGCCAGAUUCAAAGCUGUACACUUCCUGUCGGCACCGCUUUACGUCCAAGCGACAUUGGCCCUCGUAAAACCUUUCUUGGAUGAAAAGACACGGAAUAAGAUCUAUUUACAUGGGAACAAUCUGAGUACCCUACACGAACACCUGCCCACUGACAUCUUGCCAGCGGAAUUAGGUGGUACAGGACCAGCCUUUAAUCCAGGAUUAUGGGCCGAACCAGUUAUUCACUCGGCGAUGAAGGAAGCUGAGAUUGCGGCGAUGAAAAAGGAAAAGGAACUUGCUGAGAGCGCAGAGGAGUCUUGUGAUAACAGAUAUGAGUCAAGAAGUACAGACGAUUACAAAACAAACGAGGCUGAUUUGAUGAAGCCAAGCAACGGCGUGAGUAGAGAGAAUGGAAGACGAUUUUUCAAUCCCUUCGGUAAUUCUACGAGAAAUCAAUCCACUAAAAAGAAUGGAGGAACAAAUGUAGAGUUAAAUUUAAUUAAUCGUUCUAAUGGACACGAGGAAAGGAGAAGAGAUAGUGAAACGAUAAAGGAUGACGAGAAUUCUUAUUGUAGAAUUAAGAACAAAACAUUAAAUAAUAGCAAUUCUGAUUAUUAUAAUGACAACAAAGAAGGAUACAAAGAAUCAGAGGACAAUUUAUUAGGAUUCCAGUCAGAAAAAAAUUCCCACGAGUUUGAGGUCUCAAAUAGACCAAGCAGCGACGAUAGUAAGGAUAAUUCAUUGGACAACAAAUCCGAAAAUUCACUCAUUGACUCAGGUAAGAACGAAAUUCCUUCGGAAGAAACAAAUCUCAUAACGUAAUGUUAAUGUUUGAGAACUAUACUUAGGUUAACAAAAUUGAGUAUACUUGCAAUUAAAUUAGGCUUUCCCUAGAAAAAUGGUAAUAUCCCGGGUUCCGAUUAUACAUCCAUAUAGGUCUGUGGUGGACCACCACUUGUGUAUAAAAACGUUUACACGAGAAAAUUUGAAUUAAUAUUUACUUUGUUAUUCAUACUUUUCAAUUAUAUACUAAAUUUUAUGAUAUUUAAUAAUUAAAAGUUAUAUUUUUUAAAAUUAUUUUUAAUAUUAAUUUUGUCAAAAUUAAGAUUUUGAGAAUUUCUGCUUUUAUUACAUCAUUUUCCUCGUGGUACCCUGAUUUGAUUGCGAGCGACUUACACAGACUGCAAGAACUAUUAACAUUGAAUUUAAAGGUAAAUUUAAUCUAGUGUUGUUAGUUUUGACAGUCGGUGAAAUAUAAUAGGUCAGACGAAACAAAUUUUUAUUAUUCUAUAGAUUAUAAGGAAUGCAUUGUGAUAUGGCAAACAUUUAUCAUUUAUUUAAAUGUUGAUGAGGCUUUUAUUCCUUUUUUUUGAUAAAUAAGAGCCUUCUUAUUUUAACAAGAAUCAGUACUUUUAUUAGAUACUAGUAGAAUAUUUAAAAUAACAAACUCAUAAAUUUCUCAUUUCCUUUUAAUAUUUUAUUAUCGUGAAAAAUGGAGUUAUUUUUAUAAAAUGCUUCACUGCCUAUUGUUAUCAUACAUUUAAAAGUGAUAUAAAAAUUGACAAUAGUAUUAUGCUAAUAGCAUUUGGAACAACUUUUUUUUUUACUUAACUAUUUAAAUCUAGUUGCUACUGCCGUUCGUAGCAAAGAAAUGAAAUAAACGUCGUUUGAACAUUAUUAAUGUUCCUCUUUCUUAUCGCAUGUGACAAAUAUAAUUUACAACGAGUACUUAUACUGUGAACUUAAAUUUACGAUCUAUUAAUGUAAGUCAGCUUUUGUUGAAACUCGUAAUAUCACAUACAUGGAUAAGAACUACUUUUACAUGUAUGAAAUUCAUACCGAUAUCCACGUUUUUUAAAAGGGUUUCCACGAUUCAUAUUAAUACUGUAAAUAUGUAUUAAAUUAUUUAUUGAUAUCAAACGUAUCAUGGAGUUAAAGAUCUCUUAUCUCAUAGUGGAUCUCUGAAAAAGGCAUGUUAUGUACUUAGAAUUUUCGGUUCGACAUAACAUAAUCUGUUUUUAGUUUCACCCUUAAAAAAAAAUAUAUAUUUUUUAAUAAAAGUAAUUUACAAUUUAGGAUAUUUUUUCUUUGAUCCUGUUUUAGAUAAAAAAUGAAACUAUCAUAAAUUAUGAAUAGAAAUUUGUAUUUACUAUCAGAGUAUAAAUGAAUUAGAUUAAAAAUUACAAAUUAAGUUCCCAUUAAAAUUUAUGUACUAUCCAUUUUGAUACUAUAAACACGCAAAUCAGACGUUGAAAAAAGAGAAAUGAUAGUAGAAUAAUGGAAUAAAAAUUUAUUACUUUAGUACAUAAAAUAUAUAUGUAUACGAUUUUAACAUCAAUACACGUUAUAAACAUA